AUGGACUACGAUUUCUCCACAUCCCAAUCCCAAUCCCAAUCUCAAUCCCAAUCUCUCAAGCUAAAGGUCCGAUCUUUCCUCUGCUUCUCCUGCUGCUUCCGCGAAGACUCCGACGACGCUCCCACAACCACCUCAACAUCUCUCCUCCGAUCCUCCUCCGCAUGGGUUCGUUCAACAGCACCGGAGAUCGCCGAUCGCUGCCGAUCCUUGGCUUCUCGGAUCCACAGGCAACGCCGUCGCUCCGUCGAUUUCACUUACGAUCCUCUCGAUUAUGCCCUCAAUUUCGAUGAUGGCUUUGAUGCCGCUGCAGCUGGCGAUGGGGGUGUUUCCUUUGAUGGUUUCAAGUAUCGUAGCUUCUCUUCUCGCCUCCCUGCUUCGCCGCCGGUGACCCUCGCCGUUGCUGCGAUGAAGUGA